AUGAAUAAUACAUAUCAUUAUUAUCCACCAUUCCAAAGCCAAGUGUUUAUCAACCCAUUUGAUCCCAGCUACUGCAGUGGAGAUCAGCCAUAUUAUGAUCAGUCCAAUCCCAAUCUUUCAACUAUGCACAGAUCAAGGUGCAAUAGACGUAGCAACUACAAUCACUAUUAUGAAUACGAUGAGUUGUGCCCUGAUAACGAGUAUUAUUAUGAUUACCCUCCAAAUAAUUGGUCAAUACACGACACAUCUUACUACAGCCAUGGUCCUGGAUACAGACAGCUACGAAGAGCUAGAUCAUCGUUACCUGACAUUCAAGCGGAAAGGCACGGACCAUAUCAUGUGAAUCCAUCUAUGCCUAAUACAGAUAUCCAUGCUUGGAUGCCUUCCCAUAGCAGUCAUGGCGCACCCAUGAUGGACCCCAUGACUCAACAGUUAUUUCUAGGCACUCUUCCCUGUACAACUUCUUGGCCGCUAAUUCCACCCAAUCCAUUUGAUAUUUCACCUCUUGUCUUACCUCCUUUUUUUCCCAUAAUUCAAUCUUAUUCUUCAACAAUGGGCCAGGCUUCUACCCUCUCAAGUCCAAAUAUGGCGUCAUUUCAGCCACCAGGAGCUCUUAUCAGUCCAGAUGUAUCUAGUAAUGCUAUCAGCAGCGAAACCAUGGCCUCCAAUGCAUCAUCAGCAGAAGCACAGUCGUCAGUAGAAACUGUCAAAGAAGAUGAUGGUAUUACUAAUAAGAGCGCUUCCGAAUCUGAGAGUAGUACAACAGCCCAUAAUCAACUAGGAGACCCUCUGGUAUCACAAUCUAGAACAAGAUCACAGGAACGAAGACGGAGCUCGAUAAUGGAAAGCAUUCUGUCAUCCUUAUUCUUGGCUCAUCCGACAAAGAUACAGCACCCUAAAAUAGAAAAUACUUCUUCUUUUAUAUCUCUUGACGAUGCAUUACUGCAGGCAUUUAAAGAGAGACAAGAAACCUAUCCUGUCCCAUUAGGACAACAGAGGAGUGCUUCAGCGGAUGCAGGUAAAAGUAAGCCAAUCUCGCAAUUGCAGCUAGACCUAUCAAGAAAGACUUCUCAGCAGCUUUCACGCAAGGCGUAUGAGUUGCAAAAACGGAAGUAUGUGUGGUGCUAUAAACCUACUAAGGACGAAUCGGAAACAUCAGACACAGAAAAAGAUAUCUUUUGGACUGCCUUUGAUGUCAAAAACCAAAAAAUUCUCGAUAACAAGUAUGCCGCAGAAAACUACAAGAGGACCAUUAAAUCACAGCAAAAAAAUGAUAAAGGCAAUGAUGCCAAGGAUUUAGUGGAACGUAUUAAAGAUUUGCCUCCUGAUGCCUUUGUUGUUCUUAAUGCUCAAUCAAAGAUUACGGGACCCAUGGUUGUGGCUCCGUAUGAUGGGAUUGCUUGGUACACAGAUAAUUCCAAUAAUAACCUAGUUCAUAGAUUACUUCAAGUAGCCACGAUCGCUUUGAAUGAAAAUAACAAGUUUGUAAUAUCGAAUGAUUUGAUGUCAUCUGAUGUAAGUGAUAAGAAAUCGGCAAGCAAUAGUGGACUGCGACGAUCAAAAUCUCUCAAUGUGUUUACAUCAAAGUUAAUCAGUGCUAUUGCUGGUUACUAA